CGCACGCCACUGCAAAACCUAUUAUUGGCACUGUGUGCUGGUAGCACUUUGAUCUCUCUCUCUAUCCUCGGUUUCUGAUUACCCAUAUAGUAUAAAAUAACAAAUGGGUGUGUGCAAUUUAUAGUCCCGACAAGAAAUGGAUAACCAGUAGCAAAGGAAACACGACAAAAUUGUGUGCGUAUUCAGGACAAAAAUGUGCAUUCCACGGCAAAAACUGACGCCUCGAUCGUCUGUGGAUCUUUUUGACAUCCUUGGACUCUCCCAAAAAAGAAAAUUAACCGAUGUACCCUUCCUUAUCGCAUUUGCAACAUGUGUUGUGAUUUUGAUGAUUGUAAUGAUGUGGACUUUAUGUUCUUCGGAUACAAGCAGACUUGCAUAUGGAUAUGUCUUUAAAGAGUUUAUCGACAAUUUGGGAAUAGUGGCAAAAGUUUGCUGCAUUGGACUUGGGGUUUCUGUUACGGCGAUAUAUUGGUUUCGCCAUUUUGUGGACGUAUUUGUUUGGACUAUGCUGGUAGGUGUUGUCUUACUGACAGCUGUAGGCGUAGGAUAUAUUUGGAAAGGCGACGAAAACCGUUUUCUGAUAACACGCAUUCUUGUAACAUUUGCUCCGCUUAUUCUCACCUUAUGUAUUCUAGUGUCGAGAGACCGAAUUAAACUUAUAAUCAGAUUUUACGAGGAUACUAUCAAAACAGUAUUCGAUAUGCCUCUACUUCUUCUGCUACCUCUCUUGACAAUCAGCUGCAUUAUUCUGGUUGUUGCAUCGUGCCUUUUCACAUUUGGUCUAAUGUACUGCGAUGGGAAUUACAAUGUUGGUAUAAUUUUUGCAAUGGUGUUCGUCUGGAUAAUGAUGUUCUGGAUGGUCCAGUUUGUACUAGCAUGCCAUCAAAUCGUUAUUUCAGGCGUCGUGGCUAGAUAUUAUUUUACACGAGACAAAUGUGAGUUGGUUUCACCGAUCUAUAGCAGUUUUUACAUUUUAAUUCGGUACCAUCUUGGUACCGUUGCAUUUGGUUCCUUGAUAAUCACACCUAUUAGCGUACUUAAAAUACUGUUUCGAGCAAGAACUAUAAAUUGUUCUCUGUACGAAGACAAUUUUUUAAAAUAUGUGACCUCAAUCGGAUACAUCAUCACUGCUAUUCACGGCAAACCCCUUUGUCAAUCGGGUACUCGUGCUGUGAAUUUAUUCAUUUGCAAUUUAUUGACUUAUGUGGGGAUGAGUUGGGUAGGAACUUUUGUGUUUUUCACGGUGAAAGUGCUUGUGGUUGCUAUCACCACGCUAAUUGGGUACUCUAUGAUGGUAAAGGACCGACCUGAUGAUUUUGAGUUUUACGUCGUACCUGUCGUUAUUGGAGCUGUGUUUGCAUUUUUCUGCGCUCAUUGUUUCUUUGUUGUUUUCGAGAUUGCUUUUGACACAGCAUUCAUCUGUUACUGCGAGGACUACGGUCUUAACAAUAGUACAAAUGAACCAUUUUAUGCAACUGUAGAGUUUCACGAAAAGGUGAAGAAGGCGCAAGAGUUAACAAAAAAUGUCGAGGCAAAGAAGACAGAGGAAUAACUUACCAUGUGUUUGUUAAAUAUUUAUUCAUUGGGUGCACACACAGAUGCAUACAAAGAGACAACUAUUACUAACGACAAGACCAGCUUGACAUCAAUAAAUAGCAUCUACCAAAAUAAAGGCACACAAAAGUGUUAGAUGUUACAUUUCAAAAAAUAAUAAAUUAGCAUUAAGGGCUGAGUAACUAGGUACAGUGAGAGGUCUGUGCACAGCACAUACUGUCAAAGUACUGUCUUAACGUUUAUUUUUCUGUUAAAAUAGUACUUGUUCCAAGGAUCAGAUCGGACUUGUUCCUAAAUUAAAAUAUCUAGAAUCACACAAUUAAACAUUUUUCGAUAACAUUGAAAACAAUGCAACUAUUGCACAUUUACUAAUUCCUAGAUAAACUCUGCUUGCAUCUGUAGACUACGUUGUCCUUAUAAUAUAAUAAAAAUGAAAAAUACGUUUAUACACAAU